AUGGCUAAGUCAAAGAAUCAUACCAAUCACAAUCAAAACCGCAAGGCUCACCGUAAUGGUAUCAAGAAGCCCAAAAGAUGCAGGCACGAAUCUACAUUAGGAAUGGACCAGAAGUUUCUAAGGAAUCUUCGUUUCGCUAAGAAACAUAAUCUGUCUCCUAAGCAACAACUGAAGAGGGCGAAAGCACGCAAGACUUAUAAUGAGCGCAGACUGAAGCAGCAGGAGGCUUCUAAAUAA